UGCUGCUGUUACACGAGCAGAGCAAUUGGUGUAUUGUUACACAAUAAUGGAACGCAAUGAACGAAAUAAUAUGGCAGUAAUGUAUGGUGAACAAAUUGUAAGAGCACAUGAAAGUCUGGAUACAUUUUUUCCAUUUGAUCCUUAUAUUUUGAGCAGGUCGGGUUUGAUAGUAGAGGAUAUAUAUUUAAAAUAUGAGUCUUCACUUUCAACAAAUAGCAUUGAUUAUAAGCGCUCAGGUUUGCCUAUGGAGGAAGAUGACUUUCUACUAGAUCAAUCAUUUAAUGACAGUGUCUCAAGCACUAAAAAAAAUAAAACCCCUCACAAAUUUUCUUACGGAUCAUCUCCUGGAUUCAAAACCUAAUAUUUAAAUAAAAAUUGU